AUGUUUGCAGCAGCCAACCAAGAAGACACUCUGAAAGACCUCAGCCGCGCCGCGGAGGCAUUCUGGAAAAGAGGACAAUUGAUGCAGGCAGAGAAAACAGCACGACAUGCUCUGGACGGGCAAAAACAACUGCUUGGGGACCACCAUCGCGAAACAUUGACGACGGCCACUACACUGGCGGGGAUUCUAAAGCAGCAGGAUCGCGACGAUGAAGCUGCGACAAUGUACCAAAGCGCCCUGCGAACUGCCGACGAGGCUCUCGGGAGCGAUGACCUUGUGACAUUGCGGGUUCUCAACGAUUUUGGGUUACUCUUACAAAAACAAGGGGAAUAUGACCUAGCGCGUCGGAUGCUGGAACGAGCCAUGAGGGCGUAUUUUGCGCACUAUGGCGAAGAGCACAGUUCCAGCAUCACCAGCAUGACAAAUCUGGCGCGAGUGAUGAGGGAUCAACGUGAUUGCGAGGAGGCAGAAGGCCUAUUUCGACAGGCACUCGCACUUCGCGAGGAGCUUCUGGGCAGCACCCACCCUGAAACCAUGGACAGUGUAAGGCUUUUGGGCGAGCUCCUUCUUGUAACAGAGCGAGGAGGGCAGGCGGAAUCGCUAUUGAGAGACACCAUCGAUCGACAGGUGGAAUUGAUCAGAGGAAACAGCACGGACUUGCUACAGUGUAUGAGCAGUUUUGCAAUGCUGAUGCUCGAUCAUGGUCGAACAAAUGCUGCGGCUGAUUUCGCCAAGCGAGCAGUUCAGACUAGAAGACACUCGAAAGACAAGCACGCCCUAGACACGGUAGAUCCCUACACGCUUACGUCGUUGAACAACCUGGCAGGCGUGCUACAGAGCUGUGGCCACCAUUCCUCCGCCGAAGCAAUCCACCGAGAGGUCCUUGAGGGCUCGCUUUUGGUCUUAGGACCCGAUCAUCCCAAUACACUAUCAACGUGUAGUAACCUGGCCGAAGUACUAGAGAAACGCGGUGCAUUCGCCGAGGCAGAAGAUCUGAACCGACAGGCGUUUCAGGGACGAGUCCGGAUCUUAGGUCCUGAACAUUCCAGGACAAUAGCUAGCAUGGAGGACCUGGUCAAUGUGCUGGCGUGGCAGGAAAAGUGUGUCGAGGCGACAGAGCUAAACAUUUCUCUGGUUGAUGUGAAGCGGAAGGUGUUGGGUCCCGAUGAUCCCUCGACGCUGUGGAGUAUGUUCACUCUUGGAAUGUUCUAUGAGCGCCAGGGAAAGUUGCGUACUGCGCGGGACACAUUCGAGACUGCAUUUGCGGCAGCGAAAACAGCCUGUCCAUCAGACCAUCCUGUUCGCAGGUCAUGCGAAGCCGCUUGCCAAAGGCUAAAAGACGUUCGUGACACUCGGGAUUAG